CUCACUCACUCUCAUCGACUUGCUCCUUACUCGCUACUUGCUACUCGCUCAUCCUCGUCACCUAGUCUUCCUAUCUAGCCUAGCAUACAUCGCUUGCACCCAGAGUCCUUCCUCCUCUUCGACCGGAUAGGCCUCUACGACCCUACACCCCUUUGGCCUCCGCUCCUUCCAUUUCACAAGACCAUACAAUGUCGACUCAACCGCUGCUGCAACGAACCGCGGGCAAGAGGAUUGCACUCCCUGUGAGGGUGGAGCCAAAGGUCUUCUUUGCUAAUGAGAGGACAUUCCUGUCAUGGCUCAACUUCACAGUCACCCUCUCGGCUCUGGCUGCUGGACUGCUCAACUUUGGUGACAAUGUAGGAAGGAUCAGCGCUGCCAUGUUCAGCUUUGUAGCCAUGGCCGUCAUGGUCUACGCUCUGGCAACCUACCACUGGCGUGCAUCUGCCAUCAGGAAUCGUGGCUCGGGACCAUACGACGAUCGCCUGGGUCCCACGCUCCUGUCCAUUAUGCUUCUCAUUGCCGUCCUCGUCAACUUCAUUUUGCGCUUCCGAGACGCAUGAGCCGAGCCAGUGAGAGAAUAGGAUCUUUUCUUUUGCGUCAAGGAGUAAUCCAGGGGAAUGGGGAGACGAGGCAGGGCGAGAGAGGAAAAGAAGAGUGUAUCGGACCACUGCUCCCC